AUGAGAAACCAUACAGGGAUUACAUUAUUCAUUCUACGGGGACUGACAGAUGACCCACGGCUGCAGGUUCUGCUCUUUAUCUUUCUAUUCCUGACCUAUAUGCUGAGUGUAACUGGGAAUGUGACCAUCAUCACUCUCACUUUGGUGGAUCCCCAUCUUCAAACCCCCAUGUAUUUUUUCCUUCGAAACUUUUCCUUCUUAGAAUUGUCAUUCACAACUGUCUGUAUUCCCAGGUUCUUAUACAACAUGUCAACUGGAGACUAUACUGUGACCUAUAAUGAAUGUGCCACCCAAUUGUUUUUUGGUAUCCUUCUUGGAGCUGCAGAAUUUUUUCUCCUGGCUGCCAUGUCUUAUGAUCGCUAUGUAGCCAUCUGCAAACCCUUACAUUAUACAACUAUCAUGAACAACUGUGUCUGUAACCGACUACUUGUGGGAAGUUGGCUGGCUGGGUUGAUGAUUAUUCUUCCACCACUUAGUCUAGGGCUUCAGUUGGAAUUCUGUGACUCCAACGUCAUUAACCAUUUUGUGUGUGAUGCAUCACCAUUGCUGGAGAUCACAUGCUCUGAUACAGAGUUCAUAGAAAGAAUGGUUUUAGUCUUUGCUGUGUUAACAUUAAUCAUCACCUUAGUUUUGGUGGUCUUGUCCUAUGCCUUCAUCAUCAGAACUAUUCUGAAAUUCCCUUCUGCUCAGCAAAGGAAAAAGGCCUUUUCUACCUGUUCCUCCCAUAUGAUUGUUGUCUCCAUGACUUAUGGAACUUGUAUAUUCAUCUACAUGAAACCAUCUGCAAAGGAAGGGGUGGCUUUAAAUAAGGUGGUAUCAGUUCUUGCAACCUCUGUGGCCCCAGUGAUGAAUCCCUUCAUUUACACCUUGAGAAAUAAGCAAGUGAUACAAGCAUUUAGGGACUCAUUCAAAAGGUUCAUGUUGAUCUCAAAGCUGUAA